GUCAAAACUGGGUAUCAGUGCCGUACGAGUGACGUGGUCAAGCUUACACUACGAUUAAGGUUAGCACGCACUCCAGUCAGCCGAUUAGACUACACGCAAUCACUCUCGAGCAUCAAAGGGCUCGAGCUCUGCUGAUUAUUCGUGGCCACCAUGAUAUCCACGUCCACAUCCAGCAUACACAUCACCUAUUUUCCUGUGCGAGCCCGAUGUGAGCCGGUGUUACUCAUUCUCGCAGAUUCCGGGACCCAGUUCGAGUACGAAGAAAUUCCCCUUAUGAAGUGGGGGGAGAUGAAGAAGACAGGGAGCGAAUUUCUGCUUGGAGAGACUACAGCUAUCCUGUCUUACCUUGAGGAGAUCCUGGCACCGCCAGGAGCCACACUGAACAAAGACCUCCCACUGCAAACCCGUGUACGCGCACAAAUGAUCACAGAAGCAUCUCUGUACUUCACCAACAGGGUAUGGCAAUUGAGUGUGGAAAAGGAUUGGCUAGCACCACCAUCACGGGAUAAAAUUUGGAAAGCUAUCACCUCACGAUACCUGCGCAACACAGAAGCUGCACUCAGAGAACUGCAGAAGGAUAUGAAAGUAGUGCCAGGAGAGACGGAUCAACUGACUGUGCUUCAUGCAACCGUGACAGCAGCCAUCACGUUUAUAACACAGAUGUUCCCAUCUGCCAAGCUGGCGUUGAGGCCCGGAGGGAAUUGCCCAUUGUGCGGGCAAGUAUGGAAGACAGUUGUGACUCGCCCAAGGGUUGUCGCUUAUUGGAAGGAACAUAAGAUUGCUGACAAGGCAUGGACAAUAACAGAGUAUGGGACAGCAGACUGGAUCGCAGAGGAAGCAGCAAAGUAUGACUCGCCGCAGUUGCUGGCUCAUUUAUGACAAUAGUAGAGACGUGUAUGCAUAGAUUUAGAACGGAAUCCCCAAGAUACUGUACGCUCGAGUCUCAACGUUAUGUAUGCCGCCUCAGCGUAACUGGCAAUCGACCUGGGGGCGAGACACCUCACA